CCCGCACCCAUGGGCGGCUGCCGGGCCCCGCCGCGGCCCGGGGGGGGCCCUCGCCGUCCUGGGCCCCCGGUACCGGCCAGCGCCGGCGGGGCACGGCCCGGGGACUGAGGCAAAGCCCGGGAAGAGGCCACGGGAAGCUCGGGAAAUCCCGCGGCUGCACAUUCCCAGCUCUCCAGCUCCGUGUCCCGCUGAUUUGGGAUCCCGGCGCUGCAGCAGGAUGGAGAGCAAGGCCGUGGAUCUCCACACCUUCUCCGAGCGGGAGAACGGAUCCGUCCUGGAGGAGCCCUUCGAGGGACGGAGCCUCUCCAAGCUGAACCUCUGCGAGGAUGAUCCCGGCCGCGGGACGCGGUGCCGGGGAUGCCGCGGCCGGAUCGGCUCCGUGGCGGCGCUGAAAUAUUCCGUGGUGGGACUUUACCUCCUGCUCCUCCUCAUCCUCGUGGGAAUCUUCGUCCUGGCAGGGUCCCGGCCCCAGGCGUCCCCCGAGGACCUGGAGGCGCUGCUGGGGAACGUCCAGCGGCUCAACGAGACCUUCCGGGACCUGCAGCUGCUGCACCCCCUGCCCAAGGGCGACCUCCUGGAGCACAUCUGGAGGCUCCAGGACCUCCUGCAGAACCACUCGGACUCGCUGCUCCUGCUGAGCGGCUCGCUGCAGCGGCUGCAGGAGCUCCUGUGGAGCCUGCAGAGCCAGGCCGGCCAGACGGAGCGCUCGGUGGCCCGGCUGCGCGACUCGCUGGCCCAGCGGAGCGACGCGGCCCAGCUGGAGCUGUCGCGGCUCUCCGUGGACGCCAACAGCAGCCGCCUGCUCCUGGAGCACCACCAGCACCUCCUGGGCCACCUGGGCGGGCGGCUGGAGGCCCUGGGCGAGCAGGUGGCGGCGCUGGGAGGGUCCGUGGACUCCAUGAACCGCAGCUUCUCCUACGACGUCCGCGUGCAGCGUUCCCGGCUGCGGGACCUGCAGGGGCUCCUGGGCAACGCCAGCGCGGACGGGCGGCGGAUGCGGGCGGCCCACGCGGCCGUGGAGCGGCAGCUGAGGCUGGAGCUGGCCGUGCUCAACAACGUCACCGAGGAGCUGCGCAUGAAGGACUGGGAGCAUUCCGUGGCGCUCCGGAACGUCUCCGUCAUCCGGGGGCCGCCGGGACCCAAAGGAGACCGAGGCACGGAAGGGAUGGAGGGAGAGCCCGGCCUUCCCGGCCUUCCCGGGCUCCGAGGGCUGCCCGGGGAGCGGGGACCGCCCGGCCCGCGCGGAUUGAAGGGGGACCAGGGAGAGCUCGGCCCUCGCGGUCCCGCGGGAACGCGCGGAUUCAAAGGCGAGCGCGGCCCCAAGGGGGACAAGGGGGACAAGGGGGACCGAGGAGCUGCUGGUGGCACCGCCCCGGCCGAGGGCUCGGUGCGGCUGGUGAACGGCUCGGGGGCGCACGAGGGGCGCCUGGAGAUCUUCCACGAGCGCCGCUGGGGCUCGGUCUGCGACGACGGCUGGGACGGGCGCGACGGCGACGUGGCGUGCCGCAUGCUCGGCUUCCCCGGCGCCGCCGACGUCUUCCGCAUGGCGCGCUUCGGCCAAGGCUCCGGGAAGAUCUGGAUGGACGACGUCUCCUGCUCGGGCUCCGAGGAGUCCCUGGAGCUCUGCGGCUUCUCGGGAUGGGGCCGCACCAACUGCGGCCACGCCGAGGACGCCGGCGUGCGCUGCCGGACGGACUGACCCCAAAAACACACAGGGACUGACCCCAAAACGGGACUGACCCUAAAACACACAGGGACUGACCCCAAAACGGGACUGACCCCAAAACACACAGGGACUGACCCCAAAACACACAGGGCUGACCCCAAAACACACAGGGCUGACCCCAAAACGGGACUGACCCCAAAAACACACAGGGACUGACCCCAAAACACACAGGGACUGACCCUAAAACAGGGGCUGACCC